CAUAUAUUUAAUGUAAAUUCAAACUUUCGUUUUCAGUUGCAUAGUUGGUCGUUUUUUCUCUUGUUACUCAGUUAAUUUGUAGAUUAAAUGAAGAUUUGAAAAAAUCUAUUUCAUGGAAUCCACGUUCAGUUGGAUUAGCGAUACUUUCACGUUGUUUACAAAUAGCUACUGGACCGGCACUAUUAUUCACAUUUAAUAAUCAUGAUAAUAAUAGUCAAAAUAAAAAAGAAUGUUUAGCAGCUGUGCUGGAUCUUUUAGAACGUGGUUGUCGAUUAAAUCGUGCACCCUGUGGCGGUGGUGUUGACAAUGGUAGUAGUAAUAGUAGUCAGUUUGAUAAAUCACCCGGCGGUACAGAUCCAUUAACAUUAGCUAGUGAGGCUGAACUUCGUCUACGUGGUUUAAUGUUGCUUACAAAACUGACAGAUAAUAAUCAGAUCAGAAUGGAGUCAUAUUGCUUUUCAACUUUUCAACAUUAUUAUUUCAGUUGUAAAAUGUACGAGAUGUUUCUACUAAAUAUUAUUGCUCAUACUACAUGGUUUGUAGAAAUCUGAAAUUUUUCACAAUAUCAAAUCAAUCUAAUUAUGUUUCGUUUUACAAAUGGAUUAGACUGAUGCUGAAGAUUCACUUCACAACUGGAGAAACGGCUUUGCAAAAGUUUAAUACAGUCUUUCUUCGAGAUGCCGAUAAGCUCAAUGAAUUCAAGAGAGCUCUCAGCAACGAGUUCCAAGGUUCAAAAGACCUACUCAAAAAAGAGGAAACUAAUACGGAGAACAACUGGAAGCGAAUCAGAGAAGUACUAGCUUCAACGUGCCAGGAGGUGCUGGGCCUCAAGAAGCAUCAUUAUAAAGAAUGUAUCUCGAUCAAAACUCUGGGUAGGAUUCAGGGAAGAAUGAACAAUAACACACCAAUUAAUAACGGUUGAACAAGAGUGGAGAAAGUGAAGGCAUACUCAGAAUAUUCAGAAGCAAACAAGAUAGUGAAGAGGAACAUUAGAGCUGACAAGCUUAAAUACGUCGAAGAUCUAUCAAUGGCAACCGAAAAAGUUGCAAGAGAAGGAAAUAUGCGACAACGAUAUGAUACAACGAAAAAACAAGCAGGGAUAUAGCAAACUAGAGAGACCGGUCAAGGACAAAGAAGGCAAGCCAAUCACUAAGAUUCAAGAACAGAGGAACAGGUGAAUAGAACACUGAAGAACUCUUGAAUAGACCAGCUCCACUAAACCCAUCGGACAUCGGGGCAGCACCUACAAACCUUCCCAUACCUGUCACUUCACCAACGAUCGAAGAAAUCAGCAUGGCCACUAGACAAACCAUGAGUAGAAGAACAGCAGGACCUGACAAUGUACCAGCCGAAGCACUGAAGUCAGGCAUACAGGCAACUGCAAAGAUACUCCAUGUUCCAUUCAGGGAAAUUUGGGAGGAAGGACAUCUCAUCAAGAUACCGAAGAAAGGCGAUCUGAGCAAGUGUGAGGACUACAGAUAUCACACUACUAUCAGGGACAGGAGAAGAUUUUAAACAGAUCGUUGUCAAAUCGGAUGGAAGAUUCAGUAGACGCCCAACUUCGAGAUCUGCAGGCUGGAUUUCGUAAGGAUCGCUUGUGCACCGACCUCAUCGCGAUACUACGAAUCAUUGUUGAGCAAUUAAUUGGAUGAAACGCGUCAUUAUACAUCAAAUUCCUUGAUUUUGAGAAAGCAUUUGUCUUUAACACUAUGGUGUACCUGAAGAGAUUGUCAAUAUCACACAAUUCAUAAGACAGAAAUUACUUCAAAGCGCUGCAUGGAUGUCAGCUGAUAGGCGCAUUCCAAGAGAGGACCGGUGUCAGACAAAACAACUUACUUUCACUCUUUCUAUUUCUUCUGGCGGUCGACUGGAUUAUGAAGGCCUACACAUCUGAGGGGAAGCACUGAAUAUAAUGGACAGCUUGGAUGCAGCUUGACGAUCUGGACUUCACAGACGACCCAGUUCUCCUGUUCCGUACACCAACAAAUGCAUAUGAAGACAGCCAGUAUGCCUCAUCAUACACAAAGUAAAAAUCAUGAUAGUGAAAUACAACACAGAGAGCACCAACCUAAUCACAUUUGAUAGGAAAGCACUGGAAGUGGUGAAAGCGUUUAUGUGUCUAGGCAGCAUCCUUGAUAAACAAGGAGUAUCCGAUGUAGAUGUAAAGGAAAGGACUAGAAAAUCAAGGAUAGCAUCCCUAUAGUUAAAGAACAUAUGCAACUCAGAAUAACUGUCAGCCAAUACCAAAGUCAAAAUCUUCAAUAUAAACGUCAAGACAGUUCUAUUGUAGAGAGUUGAAAUUUGAAAACUACAACUAUCAUCAAAAAGGUACAGGUAUUUACAAACGAUUUUUUACGCAAGAUAUUCAAUAUCCGUUGACCGGGUACCACCACCAACAGCUUACUAUGACAGAGAACAAAACAACUUCCAGCUAGAGAGGAAGUUAAGAAAAGACAAACAUUACAGAAAUCAUCAGACUGCAUCACGAAACAAUCCCCAACUUGGAAUCUCGAAGUCAGGAGGAAAAGAGGUGGACGCAAGAACACAUUGCGCCGUAAAUCAAAGGCAGGCACCAAAAGAAUGAGUAACAAUUGGAAAGAACUGGAAAGGAAAUCUGAAGAUAGAGUUGGUUGCAAAAUUUUGGUCAGCAGCCUACGCUGCAUCCAAAUUUUUAACCCACCUUAGUGAGAAUAGGUUUUUAACCCUCCUCUGUUCUUUAAAUCUUUGAUAGGAAGUAUUAUCAUCCCCAAAAUAUUUGGACUAUUGUUUUUCUAAAUUAAUUUUACCCGUAUGUGUAUGGAGAGCUGGUCGUACAUCAGAAGCCAUGCGAAAAGCAGCUAUUACAAGUUAUUUAGCAUUAUUAGCUAGUGCUGUAUCAAUGUAUCAUUUAUCUGAAAUUGUUUUGAAUUUACGAACUAACAGUGAAAUCAACAUAGAUAAUUGGCUUUUAACUAACAACAUUGAAUCUAUGCAUGAGAUUAUGCAAGAGUUAACAAAUAGAGAGGAAGUCUGUGAUAUUAAUAAUACUAAUUCUAACAAUGAGAUACAAUCCUUUCCAAAAUAUAGUAAUCUACCAAGUUUAUCUGGCUCCUUGUUAUCUUUGAUGUUGGCACGUUUAGGCUCAUUAUUAGAUGAUGAUUUGGAAGGGACCAGACGUUUAGCUUGUCUUUGUUUGACCAUAUUCUUUAAUGGUCUUCUUAUACCUUCACCACCAAUAUCACCGGCAUCUUCAUCAUCGAUGGAGUUGUCUAACGGUAAUCAAAAUCAUUAUGAAGGAAAUCGAGUUAUAGAUUUUCUCAAUUCACCUACAUGGAUUCAACCGCUUACUACUACUAUUACUAAUACUGUUAGCAGUAGUAAUCAUGAAUUGGUCAAAGAACAUAGUGUAUUAUUGCCUUAUUGUCCACUGGCCAAUUCAUUUGGUGAUCAAGUCUAUCGUUUUUAUGGUAAUUUUAUUAAGCGUCUUAAUGAUUCGAAAGAUCAAAUACGAUUACUUAUCUGUGAAACAAUCAAUGCAUGGAUUCGUCUACUUAUUCCAAUGUUAACAUCAUCAACAACAACCAUUAAAACAUCUCAGCAAUUAAAUCCAGUUUAUACUGCUGUUAUAGAAGAUUUCCUAAAUAACCUCAUUAUUCAUUUAGAUGAUCCUAAUUCACGAAUACGUGCCAGUGUAUCACGUGUUCUCUUGAGAAUCAAUCAAUUCGCUCCAGAUCUGGUGAUUAAAGUUUUAAACAAAGCUAAAUUAUGUCAUCAUUCAUCUCAAUUAUGUGAUAAACUAUUAGAAUUUUGUCAUUCACAUUCUCAGUAAUGUUCACAAGAAAAUAUUAUCGAUAAAAUGACCGAGAUGAAUGAGAAACGAGUGAUAAAAGGAUUGAAAUUGUGAAGUGGUAUUGGCUACAUUUUUGGAUAAUCUAUGCUCCCACAUAUCUAAUUAAGUUUUACACUGCUGUUGGCAAAAUUUUUUUCUAAUUAACUUUUGUUUUUAUUGGCUAGUCUUUGUGUUACAACAUUUUAAUACAAAAUGUACAACUUAUGACGAUAGGUUACAUAUAUUUUUUAUUUAUUUAUGUGAAAUUACAAGUAAAUAAAAGAAACUACUACUGAGAAUGUUGUUCCUUUCUUUUUCGGUGUUUCUUUUUUGUUUUAGAUUAUUGGGUGAUCAGUUUUUCACCUUUAAAUCAUAUAUACAUGAAUUGUAGUUUUUGCGCUAACUGACAGAUAUACACACAAAGAUUUGUGUAUAUGUACACUUUUGUAUGUAUUUAAUGGGUGCUUCCUGGUAUCACGUAAUUUUUUUUACGUUUACUAAGGUAAUCCAGUAUAGAUAUACUUUACCAACGAUCUUCAACGAACAAUCAAAAUAAUAAAAGCUGAU